AUGUAAUUUUAAUAAUUAUCCAAGUCUUCACCUUCUAAGAAUUCUACACAAAAAAAAACUAUAUUUCAUUAAGAAAAGCAAAGUUAGGAUGGGCAAGAGAAAGAAGAGAAGAACGAAAAAGCAGAAAUAGAUACUCAUACAACUAGAUUUGCAAAGUAAAUGAGAUUAAUGAUUCAUUAAUAACAAAAUGCGAAUUUGAGAGAAAGUAUUGCUAAUUUGAAAAAGAGAAAAACUUUGGAAGGUUUUUCAGGCGAGACACCAGUUUCAAUUCAGUAAUGUUUCUCUUUUCUAAAUUCCGCAAUUUAAAAUGCUAGAAGCUUAAGAUCGCUUGACCUAUCAGGUAUGGAAAUUGAUCCCCUGUUGGCUAUAGAGUUAGGAUAAGGACUCCAAAAAAAUUCUUCUUUAAAUGAAAUCAACCUUUCAGGAUGCAAGCUUAAUAGCUUUAGUUUAUAAUAUAUAUUUUCAUCGAUUGCAAAUCACUAAACUUUAUAAUCAAUCAAUUUGUUUAAUAACCAAGGCUUUAAUAUUGACCUUAUGAAUGAUAUUAAUCAAUUUGUUUUUAAAGGAAAGAAUAACCUUAAGAAAUUAAAAUUAACUCAUUGUAAUAUAUCUAGCACUGCUAUGAGUUACUUAUUGAGGAAUCUUAAAUAUUCUCGAUCAAUAAAUGCAAUAGAUAUUUCAAUGAUGUAGUUCACUACUGAUGUGUUAACCACUUUAGGCAUGGCUCUUUAGCAUUAUAAAGGUAAAAAGGUCUUAGAGUAUUUGAACAUUGGAGAUACUAAUAUAAGAAAUCAAGGUGUUGAAGUUUUGGCACAAGUAGUCGGUUGGAAUAUUAGGAAAAUUAAUUUGAAGGAACUGAACAUAAGAAGAAACUUUAUCAAUUAAAAGGGCGUUUAACAUCUUGAGCUAUUUUUAAGGAAAAUAAAUAACUUAUAAAAAUUGGAUUUAUCGUAAAAUUAAUUAGAGGAAUUUAGUUGUUAAAAUUUGUUAUCAAGAAAGAUGUAUGAAGUAAAUUUAAGUUCUAAUCUAAUUUCUUGUUUUCCUCAACAGUUCUUUUUGAACACUUUAGUUAUUAAUUUAACAAAUAACAAUAUAACAAAUCAAGGUGCCUUUCAAUUGUCAAGUAUACUAAGGUAGAAUCCGCUUUGGAUAGAACUCAAUCUUUCAAACAAUCAAAUAAAAAGUGAAGGAUUCAAUUCCCUGAUAUUUGGUCUUAGGGAUAACAAAAUGCUUAAGAAAUUUAUUGUAGCCAAUAAUAAUUUAGACGGGGAGGCUAUUAUUACUUAUAUGAUCAACCACGAAUAGGUUUACUUUGAACAUUUGGAUGUAUCUUAUAAUUUUAUAAGAUAUGCCUUAAUCUUUUUUUUAUUAAAAUUCAUAAAAAGUGGAUGUCUAAGAUGUCUUCGAUGUUCCUUUUAAUAAAAAUAAUAAAAUGAAGCAUGGGACAUUAACGUUAAUCCGACUUUAUUUCAUGAAGAGGAGAAGAUUACUAAAUCUGCUUAAAACUAAUUUUAAUUAAUAUCUUUUAAUUUAAGAGAGUUAGAUUUUUCAAAAAAUGAGAAUAUAUUUACACCUGUUAUUAGUUCGUUAGCAACAUAUUUUAAUAAAAUAGAAAUUCUGGAUUUGUCUUCUUGUAAACCUAUAACAGAGUAUGAUCUUGAUUUGCUGUGUACAUUUUUGAAAAAAUCCACUGUUGUUCAUGAUUUAAAUUUAAGGGAUUUAAAUAUUGGAAGUUUAAAUCUAGAAAGUGUGAAGAAAUUGAGGAACUCUAUUCUGAAUAGCAGUCUUAAGAAACUAAAUAUGAGCAAAAACUAUUUGUUCAAAUUAGCAAAGGCUUUUUAAGUAGAAGAAAUCAUAACAAACUAUAAACUAGAAAGUUUAGAUAUGAGUUAGAAUGGGAUUGAAUCCAGACAUACUAAUUAUAUUGAAAUUGUUUUAUCAUCCUAUAGAAAUUUGUAGUACCUAAAUCUAUCCCACAACAAUAUUGGUUUUACAGGUUUGAUAUCUAUCUCUAGAGUAUUGCAGGAGAAUAAGUGCAUAAAAAGUUUAAACGUUUCUAAUCAAAAAAUGAGUGCGGAUGAUUUGUUAAUCUUGAGUUCCAUAAUUUCUAAUGAAAACCUAUAGUUUUUAAAUAUCUCAGAUAAUCCUGGAAUUAAGAGACUUAAAACAUUUUUCAAUUUGUGUUAGACUGAAAAGAUGGAACUUUUAUAAUUAUCUUAGAUGCAUUUUGAUAAACCGAACUUUAGAAAUCUUAUAAAUAUAACUAAAAAACAAACAAGAAAUAUUUUAGGGAUCUCUCUCAAUCGUUGCAGUUUCAGAUUAAAUGAUUAUGAAAAAUUUGGAAAUUAAUUGCUAAAAUGUAAAAAAUUAUAAAUGCUAAGUAUGACAUACAACCCAUUAGUUUAUGUGGAUCUUAAUAAAACUGUAGCAAUAUUAAAUGCAUUGCCAAGCUUGAAAAUAUUAAAGCUUAAUUAAGUUACAUUUUCAGGAGAAACCUUCUGUAAUUUCAAAGAUUGGAUUUUGAGCCCAAAUAAUUGCAGUUUGAUCACACUAGAUAUUAGUGAAAAUGUAUUACGAUAAGAAUGGCUCGAUGAAUUAUGUAUUGGAAUUGGAGGCAAUAGAACUAUUUAACAUUUAUUUCUGAAUAAAUGCAAUUUAGGAAAAUAUAAUUUAGAUCCAUUAGGCUUAGCUAUUUCUAAGAACUCUACAAUAAGAAGAAUAUCAAUAGCUAAUAAUAAUAUAGUAGAUAAUUUAUGUAGCAGCAAAUUCGCAGCUGUCUCACAAUAUAACACUAUAUCAUUUGAAGAACUCAACUUAUCUGAUAAUCCCUUAGGAGAGAAAGAAUUAAUUCGAUUUUUUACUCCUCAAAUAUUUAAAAAUAGAUCAAAGUUAGUUGCAAUCAUAAAACAACUAAACUUAUCAAAUUGUAAGUUACAAAUAAGUUUUUUUUAAAAUCUAGUAAAAGUUCAUUAAAUUCAUAAGGAAUAGUUCUUAUUUUCUCAUAUCAUAAGUCUAUCCUUGAGUAGUAAUCAAUUAGAUGAUUCCGUUGGAGAAUUAUUACAAUAAACUAUAAUUUAAUCAACUUAACUAUAAGAGCUAUAUCUUUAAUAAAAUUUACUUACAAGUAAAGGAAUGAUUUAAAUCCUUGAGGGAAUAUUUGCUACAUAAACAAUUAAAACAAUAAAUAUUAGCAGUAAUAAUAUAGGAGAUGAGUUUGCAAUGAAAUUAGAUUCAUUAAAGAAUCAAAAAUGUUCGAUUGAGUUCUUGUUGUUAAGAGAUAAUAACUUUUAGAAAUAAGGUUUAAAAAUAUUAGCAUAAAUUCUAUCAUUUUAAAAGAACUUAUUUAUUGAUAAUAUUUGGUCUAACUUAGAUGAUGAGGAUGCAGAUAAUAUUUUAGAAUAAUAUACUAGAAUUUGCUAAAAGUAUCGUUUAGAUUAAUCAUCGUUGCCUUCCUUUUUAAAAGAAAUUUAAUUAUCAAAAUCAAAUCUAACAGAUAAAUUUUGCGAAUCCUUUGGUAAAUAUUAUCCACUUUUGGGGUUCAUAGAGUUUAUUGAUGUUUCAGAUAAUCCAUGCAUUACUAUGUAUGGAAAGGUAUAUUUAUUUUUCCAUUUAUUUGAUUACAGCUAUGAAAAGCAUUAAUUAAGAGCAUUACACAUUAGCGAUACUUAAGAAACUAGAAAAUUAUUUGAUGAUGGGUUACUGCGUUAUUUAACAUUGCGAGUGAGGAAUUAUCUUUUGCGUUAGACGAAAUAAAAUUUGAAAAAAUAGCAUCCUUUGUAAUAACAAAACAAUUCCGAAAAACAAACAUAAAAACUAUUUGGAGGUAUGUUAGGAUCAUGGCUAAUUCAUAUGGUUAAUAAACUGAUGAAGUACUUAGACUUGAUUGAACCUUAGAUUUUUAUAGUAAGCACUCUGUUUAUUGGUAAAUUUAGAAGGAAUAACAUCAAUAUUAAGAUAUUAGUUUUUCUAUUUUGGUUUGGAUUUGUUGUGGUAAAUAUUUCAUAAUUUUUCAAAUUAUUUAUAUAAGUUAAAGAUAAGAACCAAAGCUCAAUCUUCAAAGGAGAGUAGAAUAGACAAAUUACAAGUGCUAUUUACACAGAUUUAACUUACACCUUUAUAAUAGUGGGGACAAUAGUGAUUAUUGAAAUAUUACAAUUAAUCUUAACUGUGGCUUUGAGAAGAAAAAUCUAACCUGCAUUGCAAAUUAUACAUCCAAAAAUGUUGGAACAUUUAAGAGCUAGAUUUCCACAUAAGAGGGAAAUCUUUUUAAUGAUUUACUCCAUUUUUAGUAAAUCAAGCACUUUGGCUGAAAGAAUGUUUUUGGCUUCUUUAAUGAGUCUGAGCGAUGAUAUUAUAGAUGAAAAGAUUUCUAAAUAUCAGAUUCUAUUUAGCAUUGUAAUAUUUGCAAGAUUUGCUGACUCAUUUAUUAUAACCUUAAUAAAUUUAAUCAAAUUUAUAUCUGCCACACCAAGUGACGAUUAAGCCAAAUAUUUAUCCUUACUGUAAAGAAAUCUCUAUUAUUAAAAUUAUUUCGUUUCAAGUGAUGUUUUAGUCACUUUAUGCCCAGUUUAAGGGUAUCAAUUAACAAAAACAAUCAAAGUUAAUUAUGAAAUUAUUAUCGAAACAUAUAGGGUAUUUUUAAUGGAGUUAAUAUUAUUCAUAUUUAUUUGGAGUUUCUCCAGAAGUAAUCAUAUAGUUGAUUUGACAACUUUUAUCGAUCCAAAAUGGCCAACAUUGCGAAUAUGGAUGGCCUUUCUCUUUAUAAAAUGCAUAAUCUCGAUAAUUGUAUCCCUUUUUAAGAUUCUAACUGUCAGACCUGCUGUAGUAAAAUAAAAUGGGUUUAAUUAAGCAUUGGCGAUAAAGAGGUUCUACUAAAAUAAACAUUAAUUUGUCAAACCGCAAAACAUUUAAAUAGAAUAGAACCUGUAGAACAUUGAAUUCGAAUUAAGAACAAAAUAGUAAUAACAAAGCUAGUUCUCAAAAGAAUUAGAAUAACGCAGAGAAAUUAAAAUCUAAAAUAAAAUUCAAGAAAUAGAUUAGAUCGAGGAGGAAGAAUAAGAAAUUUUAUUAAGCAAAUAAAAUUCAAAUAUAGAUUAAUUAAAUAUUUCUUCUUACUCUGAUCUACCUUACUAGGACGCACCUCAGUCACCUUUAAGUAAUUAUCUUCCUAAAUUUAAAUUUAAUAUAUGA